GCCGGCUUCUGGAGUGGGCGGGCGGCGCCACAGGGGUGUGCGCGCGAGGGUGGGAGCUGCAGCUGUGGCCCCGGGGCCCCCCUUCAAGCGGUCCCACAGGAGUGCGAAGAGUGUCGGUGUCCUUGCCCAGGACCGGACCCUAGGAAACGUUGUCUCUCGGAGAGACGUCCCUGCCCCACCCCAGGUCCAGGCGGGGAGGGGGCGAGGGUUACAGUGGCCUGGGGUGUUCGGAGACCUAGGGAGAAGCCGUCGCCUGCAGUGUCGUCAUCGCGGUUUGACGUUUCCGAGAAAGGGGUCGCGAGCGAACUGAUGCCUCUUUGAUUUUUUUUUUUGCUCUCCAGUCGUCGCCAUUUGCAUUGAUUGUGGUGAGAGGUUUUUUCUGGGUCCUUGAGGACCUGGAGGUGAAAAAGCGGAAGGCCGAGAGGUGGACACAUUUUGAGGUGUUGCAAACGUUUCCAGAUUCACCUGCUUUUCCUAACCUCUCUCCCACCACUGAGCAGUGACUGAAGAGUACUUGAAGCCUGGUCAUAGUGGAUAAAGAAGUGAACCAGAUCUAGUAGAGAUUAUGUACACCUCACUCUCUUUCAGCUUUAUGAAUGUUUUCAAGGCCAUUUUAAAAUGGGCUAUCCGGGUGAUAAGGUGGAUUUUUCAGUUCUGAGUAGUUACUCUGCUUGACUUGGAGUGGGUGAGGAGUGAAGGAAAUUUGUAGAAAUUGCACUGGGCCAUUAGGAGAUUGAUUAGCAGAGUGACCUUGGAUAAGACAAGACACUUCACCAACUUUCAGUUUUGUCAUCGAUAAAAUUAACUAGAUUUUUCCCAAAGCCCCUUUCAACUUGGAAAUGAUUUAGUCGGUGUAAUUGAAAAAUUCAACUGCAGUUUAGCCUGACUCUUCCCCCUUCCUCCCUCCUUUUCCUGCAGUGCCUCCAAUACACAAUAAGAUACUUUCAUUAUGGAGAGUGGCUGUUACAUGGCCUGGGACCAAAGAAAGCAUUUAUUGUACAGGCCAGUGCUAGGCGGAUUGGAGGUUGGUCAAUAAAUACUUGUUGAAUUGAAUUGUGGAGAAUUCAUUGUAACCACAUCCAACAAAGCUCUGUUACUGUGUAUGCUGGCCAGGUGUGGAGAAAUAGCUUUAUUACAUAGAGAACCAUAAUGAAGAUUUGCCCCACAAUGUUUCUCCAGGAAUAGUACAGAAAGAGACAUCGUAAAACAUCUCCUAGGACUGAAAAUUGAGCACAGACCCUGUUUGGAUCAAGUCAGUUCUUUGAACCUGAAAGAUGACUGCUGAAUCAAGGGAAGCCACAGGUCUGUCCCCUCAGGCUGCACAGGAAAAGGAUGGUAUUGUAAUAGUGAAGGUAGAAGAGGAGGAUGAGGAAGAACACAUGUGGGGACAAGAUUCCAGCCUGCAGGAGACACCUCCCCCAGACCCAGAAAUAUUCCGCCAACGUUUCAGGCGCUUCUGUUACCAGAACACUUUUGGGCCUCGAGAGGCUCUGAGUCGGCUGAAGGAACUUUGUCAUCAGUGGCUGCGACCAGAAAUAAACACAAAGGAGCAGAUCCUAGAGCUGCUGGUACUAGAGCAGUUCCUUUCCAUUCUGCCCAAGGAGCUCCAAGUCUGGCUGCAGGAAUACCGCCCAGAUAGUGGAGAGGAAGCCGUGACCCUUCUAGAAGACUUGGAGCUUGAUUUGUCAGGGCAACAGGUACCAGGCCAAGUUCAUGGACCCGAGAUGCUCGCAAGGGGAAUGGUGCCUCUGGAUCCAGUUCAGGAGUCCUCGAGCUUUGACCUUCAUCACGAGACCACCCAAUCCCAUUUCAAACAUUCAUCUCGGAAACCCCGCCUUUUACAAUCACGGGCUCUCCCUGCCACCCAUGCUCCUGCCCCUUCUCAUGAGGGAAGUCCCAGAGACCCGGCGAUGGCAUCUGCACUGCUCACAGCAGAUUCCCAGGCAAUGGUGAAGAUUGAGGACAUGGCUGUGUCCCUCAUCCUGGAGGAAUGGGGAUGUCAGAACCUGGCUCGGAGGAACCCCAGUAGGGACAACAGACAGGAGAAUUUUGGGAACGUGUUUUCCCAGGGUUGUGAAAGCAGGAAUGAAAAUGAGGAGUCAACCUCAAAGGCUGAGAAUGCAGAAGAUGUAUCACAUGGGGAGACAGCAGGGAGAUUCCAAAAGGAGUUUGGAGAGAAACGUGACCAACAGGGCAAAAUAGAAAAGCAGCAGAAAAACCCUGAGGAGAAAACUGGAAAAGAGAAGAAGAAUUCAGGGCCAGCCAUGGUCAAGGAAAAAAAAACCACCACAGGAGAGAGAGGUCCAAGGGAGAAGGGUAAAGGGUUGGGAAGAAGUUUCAGUCUGAGUUCAAGCUUUACUACCCCUGAAGAAGUUCCAAUGGGAACAAAGUCUCACAGAUGUGAUGAAUGUGGUAAAUGCUUCACAAGAAGUUCAAGCCUUAUUCGCCAUAAAAUAAUCCACACUGGAGAAAAGCCCUAUGAAUGUAGUGAGUGUGGGAAAGCCUUCAGUCUUAACUCAAACCUUGUCCUACAUCAGAGAAUCCACACAGGAGAGAAACCUCAUGAAUGUAAUGAGUGUGGCAAGGCCUUCAGUCAUAGUUCAAAUCUUAUCUUACAUCAGCGCAUCCACUCUGGAGAAAAACCUUAUGAAUGUAAUGAGUGUGGAAAGGCCUUCAGCCAGAGCUCAGACCUCACUAAACAUCAGAGAAUCCACACAGGGGAGAAACCUUAUGAAUGUAGUGAAUGUGGAAAAGCUUUCAACCGAAACUCAUACCUUAUUUUGCAUCGGAGAAUUCACACUCGAGAAAAGCCUUAUAAGUGCACUAAAUGUGGCAAGGCCUUUACCCGGAGCUCAACCCUCACUCUUCAUCACAGAAUCCAUGCCAGAGAGAGAGCCUCUGAGUAUAGCCCAGCCUCCCUUGAUGCAUUUGGAGCGUUCCUGAAAAGUUGUGUGUAAAACAAGAAUUUGUCAUCUUCCCCCUUUUGUUUCUAAAUUAUUCAGAGAUGUGUGCCCAUGGAGGGAAAAUAAAACAGCCUCAACAGAUUUUUUUUUAAUCAUACUUAAGUAUCCUUAUAGUUACAUCAGCAGUAUUCUGCCUUUGUAUAGUCUGUGAGCAGGCAAUUCUUCCGCACAGUCCCUGUAGGGAAAAGCUAGUCAUAUGGGUAGUCUACAUGAUACUUUAACACAAGAUAAAAGCACACGCAUGGUAAAAUAUCCAACUUUUCAGUAAUGAGGAUACCUUUAAAGCGCUAUUAGACUUAGCAACCACAGCGUGUAAUUGAAAGAUUGAGAUUGGCUCUUUGAAUCUGAGAUUAAGAAGCUACUUGCUGCAAGUCAGCCCUACUUGGCCAACAUCUUGCUUAUUUCUCAAAGAAGAGGGGCAGUUAAAACAAAAACUACAUUGGGACAUGCUGCUCAAGCUAGUUAUAUAUACAAUAAAUUUUAUAUAUGAUCACUGGUAGCCUACCAAAGCUAUAGAAAUCUAGGACUGUGCAAAUCAGUAUCAAACCAAAGAUUUCUAUCUCUUCCGGGAAGAGAGGGUAUGUGCACCAGUCUACACUUCCAAAGGACUACAACAAUGUAGAUGGUUCUAUCCUCAUCACUGAAAUCAACUCUGCUGAAAUGGCAACAAUGAUUCAAAACACUUCUCUCUGUUUUUGAAAUCCCUAAAGCACUAGAGCACUCCUAAAAGCAUUUCUCCACAAGUUAGCACUUGAUUGCAUACUGUCUUUUGAUCCUUCAUUGUUUCAUAUGUGAAGUUUUUAUCAUCCCUCCAAAAGAGAUGCUUCAGUUGUCAAGGGUUAUAUUUCUAUCUCUGACCGCACAGCACUGGGGAUCGUGCUAAACAUGUAAAGGGCACUCAUUAUGACUGACUUCUAGCAGGACUUUUACAUUUAUGAUAAAGCCCAGUAAAUGGUGAGUAGCCUGGCCCAACUUUUAAAAGAGGACAUUUAGAGCCACACAGCAUGCUAAACCUCUAGGGUUUGAUACUAUUUUUGUCCCAAAUAUAAAUGAAAGGCGCUGGUUAGCUGCCCACCCAGACUUUGUAAACCUGGAUCAAUAAGUAAGUACCAUAGAAUGUCAGAAAUGACUCUGCUGUUGUCAUCUUAAAGAAGAAAAAUGAACACUGACUAACAUCAAUUUCUUGGCAUCUUUCUAAGACAAAGAUCUUAGCCAGAAUUCUCUUCAGUCACCUGCUGAACAAUAUGAUGACUUGGGCAAUUUCUGAAUCAUUUGGAACUUAGUAAGAGUUCAGAAGAUGUGAUUUUUGCUGCUUUUCAGGAAAGAGAAAGUUGUAAGGAAUAUUUUUUCUACACUUUUCCAGAAACUUUGCAAAAGCAUUAGUCAUCAUUAGCUGGCAAUUACUAAACAUACUUUGUUGCCCUGAGACAUUCACCAGCUUACCAAGACAUGGACGGUUUUAUCAGUCAUAGUGCACAGUGUCUUUUCUGUUUCUCAUCACUAAAGACUGAAGUGAGGUUGGAAACUAAAUCUUUCCAAUCAUAUGUGCAGGAAGAUACAGUUGGCUACCUAUAAGCUGAUGAUGGAGUUGUUUCACACAUACAGGAUACCCAAGUAUUAUGGGCUAUGUGGGUAGCCAUCAAGAACUUGGGUAGUGAUAACUGCUAAUGAGAGCAUUCAAAUGUGUGUGGACAGCCCUAUAGAAACUUAGAAACAUAAACCUAAGAACAAACCUGAAGAUUGUCAGUGUGACCACACCCAUAAAGGGAGAACCUCACAAACAGUUCGAGACUUUUAAGAAACAGUACUAAAACUGUCACUCAUCAGUUACUGGCCAACAGCUAAAGACAGUGAAGCACAUGGUUUUAAUGCAGAGCCAAUGAGGUGGGGGCAAAUGUGGCCUCAGCUCCAGACCAAACUAAAAUUCUGCAAGCAGUCAGUCUUUGGCCUCUCUGGCUUUAUUAGUUGGACCAAGCACAACUUCCCUAUAGCUUCUAAGCAGUUUCAUCAGCAUUGCCUGGGAAAACUUUAAGCAGUAAGUUAACUGGUCACCAGAAUAUUUCUACCCAUUCAAGUGAAGAAAAACCCAAGAGAUACUCCGGAAGAGUAUAGCUAAGUAACUUUCAUAGAAAAAGUUGGAGGUAGAAGUGCUUUAAGGACUUUUCAUAGGAGUCUAAAAACCCAGAAAAAUGGAGGUAGAAGUGCUUUAAGGACUUUUCUUCAAAGGGUGAGCCAAGUGAUGUAAAAAAAGUGCUUUUGAGCAAGGACUUUUGCCCACUUGAAAGCAGCAAAAAGUAAAGUGCAUAGCUCAAGUCUUCCAUCCAAGCUCUGGCUUUUUAGAGAGGGAAAUGACUUUGGUUGGUUCCACACUAGCCUCUUUUUUUAGCCACAACUACAUGCUGAUGAGAUUUGGCCAUCAUUUUUUUGAAUUUUAUUUUUUAAGUGAAAGUUAAAUACAACCUGGGCCCCACACUUAAUCCCCAUUUUCUUGGGACAUCCUACUUCGUUGGAUAGCCACUGGGGUUGCUUUAGGUCUUCAGCAGAUGCAAUCCCUGAACAACUAUUUGAAGAUGUGCUUUCUGAGGAAAACAGGCCACAACAGUUUUUUUAACCAUUUGCAUUGCAUUCAUUUAUCAGAUGCUCAAUGCAAAGUGUAAUUAGGUCAUGGUCAAAAGCACUUGGAACAUGUAAUUAGGGCUCACGAUAGUCAUUCCAAAAGUUCUUGACUGGCUGAAGUCUGUUAACAGUACGAACUCUGUAGUUAAACAUUAACAUGCUAGUUGACCUAGUGGACGUUUUGGAAGAGUUUUUAAAAUAUAUUUAUACACCUUACCCUUGCCAGGAAAAGAAGUAAAAUUCUUCAAAUUGUGGGGUAUUUGUUUCUACUCCAGCCUGCAAGGCUAAAACUUGAGAAUAUAGAGAUAAGAGACAUCUUUGAUAUGUAAGCCCUUUAAAGGCAUAAAAGUAAAAUUGUGCUAAAUACGUGUAGAAAGAUUGAGAUGCUUGAUAUAUGGGACUAUUCACAUCUUACAUAUAUCAGAUAAUUUAUUACAGAAAAGAAGAACCUCUUGAAUGUGAUAAAUACGGCAAAGCUUUUAAUCAUAUCUCAGCCCUUAGCAUCAGAAAGCUUACACUGUAAAUAAACCUUAUUAAUAUAUGUGAGGAAAACUUUCAUGUAUAGCAUUCAUUGCUUUGGACAGAAAGUGAAUUCCAUCAGGAUGUUCCAGUCAUACGAUGUUAUUUGAGAAACAGUGCAGAGGGAGCUCAGUCUUAACUCCAGAGGAUCUACCGAAGGGAAAAAUGUGGGGAAAUGCUAAAAAAAAAAAAAAAAAAAUCACAAAAUGUACUUCUUACAAAAACUGUUAAUGUUGAGUACUUCUAUAUAUUUUAUAUGACCAUAAUGUCAGUGUGUGUUUUGUACCACCAGCUCCUGUUCUGUAUAUUACCUGUAAGCAGAUGAUGUAUUUUAUUUUAAUCUAUUUGACAGAACACAUCACUCCAAAAGAGCAAACCUUUGGAGUGAGUAGUGAAGAAAUUGGUGUGGUUAUAGACAAAAAGUUCACAGAACUGAGGAAGGGGGGAAAUGAAGGGAAAAGCUUCAUAGUUUGGUGCUUAUCACAUCAAGAGAAAAGACUGGUAAAUUUGUGCAGACAAACAGGCUACUGGGGCACUAAAAUGGAACAACUGUACUAUAAACAUCUGCAGCUUGAGUUUUCAAAACUGGGAAGUUGACCUUUGAGCUGCAAGUCACCUUUGCAAGCAAAGGGAAUGGAUUCUCUUGUCAGUGGAGGGAGGAGGGUCUUCUCCAUGAGUUGAGAGUAGAAAGUGUACUGGAAUGGCCAGGAGGACCAUAUAAGCUGAUCAGAGUCUAAAUUCCUGCUUCCCCACUAACUCAUAAAUCUUUAUGCCCAGGAAAUUUGGGGACAGGGAAACACCAAGGUGAGCUUUUCCAAGAAAGAGGCACAGCUCCAUCAGCUGUGGAUUGUAGUAGGCUUGUCUGAAAAGGCUUGAGAAGCAUUUUGCAAUGCUCCUUUUGGCUAUGCUUCCUAUGUACCUUUCCUGCUCCACUUUUUCCCCCUGGAUUUGUGAUUAUUAGAAAGUAGGGUUGAAGCUUCAUACCUGUGAAAGAUUUUUAUUUUUAAUUUUUAUCCUAGAGUUGGUCACUUUUAUUCUAAGUAGUCAAGCUGAUCUGUUUAUCCAAAGCCAGCUAACCAGGUUUAUCCUGCCAUCCUCAUGGAAGAUUUUGUGUAUAAAUUGGAGUAAAGUAUAGAAAUGUAGUGAAACAGUGACAGCAAUACUUGCCAGAGGAGCCAUAUUUUUGUGUGUCCCACUCUGAGCAACUCAGAAAUAUUUAUGAGGGGCUGGGGAUUCCCAUCAAGGGAAAUCAAAUGAAGGUCUGCAGAUUUUUAAGUAAGAUAUAGAAUGAGAGAAAAGAAAAUUAAGUGGUAUUAUACCACUUAAUUUAUACAGUAGAUCAGUUCAUAGAAAUUAGGGUAGAUUUUUAUUUCAACUACUACUGGAGAAUUUAAUAAAAUGCAUUAUUGUUUGAAAAGUUUUCCUAAUGUAGAUUUAGGUUUCAUUUUUAGAAUGGAUACACUACUGUACAUUUAAAAGCAGUUACUUAUUUUGCUAUUCAGAUUAAUUUUUUAUUAUAUCUGAAGAUGAAAUUAUCUGUUUUACUUUUUAAAAGCUUUGUGAAACAAACUUGAAGUUAUAGGGAGGUAAGCCAUCUCCAAUUCUGCAGGUCAAACAAAAGUCUGGGAAAUAUUUUGACAUCCCAUAAUACAGAAUAUCUUAACAUGAGAACAUAAUUUCAUUUUGUCUGGUUCCAUUUAAUAGUGAACACUACCAAUCUCGUGGGUUUUUUUCUGUUACCCUAAAACAGUGGAAAGGAAAGAGUGGGUAUUAUGUAGACUUCUAAAUCAUGGUCUGCUGUGAUAUUCAUCUUUGAGAUUCUCACCUCCAUUUACUAAAGAAUCAUGACUCCAAAUUACUCAGUAAUCAGGAAAGUUCAUUGGUCUUUAAAUAUUCUCCCUUCAGCAAGCACUCAUUAAACAGUGAGGCUGUUUAUGAUUUUAAGAUACAAAGAAUGAGAUCUGUGAUUGACUGAAAGGUGGUAUUAAAACUUGGAUUUCAUUCCAGUUUUAGGUUUGGGUUUUAAGUUCCUUUGGUCCUAAAACCAGAAGGACCAGGCAGCUGCAACAACCCUGAAUUGCUAUCUAUCAUUUAGUCCCCUGAUAAGGUUAGGUGUGUUCCGAAGCAGAAGUGGGAAGAGGGUUAUAAACAGCGCCUCUAGGCUGGGGAAGAGUCGUUAGGAGGCCUGAGGAGGGAGAUAGGGGAGACUGUGGGGGUGUGUUGGGGUUAGUACUCACUUGCCUUCCCCUUGCCUAGACCAGGGAACAGCAUCAAGCUGCUUUUUAAAGUUUUAGUCUGCCCUAGCAAGGACAAAGCAUGUUAGAUGUAGAGAUGCUUCUGCUGGUAGCAGGGGUUAUUUGGAAACAUGUAUGAUGGGGUGGGGUGGGAGGAGGCAGAUUGUGAUUAUGUAGGAAAAUAUCAUCCUAAAAAUAUGAGGUUAGGGGGAAGGGGUGGGAUAUUCAAGCAAAUCAGUAAUUAUUUUAAAAUAUGUAUUUUUAUUAACUUUUAGUUAAUAUAGAUUAUUACAACCAGGUCAGCAUAAACCUUAAUCUAUAUAGAGAGCUAACUCAGGCAUUGUCUUGUUUAUUUGUAGACUGGAUAAAACAACCUGUCCUGUUUUAUCAGUUCCCCAGCGUCUUUGUUAAAAAUAAAUUAGACCAAAAGAAGAAACCUACUUGUCUUUGUAUACCCACAGAAUUAAGUUAUUGCUCUUAAAUAACUUACAUUUUUCAUUUUCUUAAGCUCUGAGGAGUCCAGAUGCUUGGUAGAUGUACAAGAAGUGAUUUUAAAUUGAAUUUGUCCAUUUAAAAUACUCAUUAAUAUUUCUAGAAAGUCUUCUUUCAAUAAAUAAUGGAAUCUUAGAGGAAAAGUGGGGUUUCUGUUUUUACAUUAGGGAACUCCUAUUGAAAAUAAUUUGAAGCCUUGAGGUCUAAAAUUUCAAUCAUAAAAGUAAUGACAGCAAAAUAAAAUUAAUGCACAUUUAUAGUCAAUGAUCCAUCUUAGGAGACCCGUGGCAUCUUGACAAAUGUUAGAGUAAUGAGGCUGGGGUGGAAAUUGUGGGGAUUUGUAAUGAAUAUUCUCUUCAUGUUGUUUCUUUUCCGGGUCAUGGUAAAACAAUAAAUUAUCAUCUCUAGGUGGCAGUA